CAAUCUUGUCCAUUUACUUUUUAGUGUACCCUAUAAAUUCACAAUCACAUCUAGCGAAAACGAAAACCCUAGCCACCCCUAAAACACUCUCCAGCCGAACCUCCUAAGCUCGAGCAAGGGUUUUGCGUCUCUGCAGUCUACUACACCUUCUACCAUGGCAGACGUUGAGGCCGAUGUUGCUGCAGCAGGACAGCCAAAGAAGAGAACGUUCAAGAAGUUCAGUUUCAGAGGAGUAGAUCUGGAUGCUCUUCUGGACAUGUCUACUGACGAGCUUGUCAAGCUCUUUCCUGCUCGUGCUCGCAGAAGGUUUCAGAGGGGCUUGAAGAGGAAACCGAUGGCACUUAUCAAGAAACUUCGCAAGGCGAAAAGGGAGGCGCCACCCGGUGAGAAACCAGAACCAGUCAGGACUCACCUUCGCAACAUGAUCAUAGUACCUGAAAUGAUCGGAAGUGUCAUUGGUGUGUACAACGGCAAAACCUUUAAUCAAGUUGAAAUCAAGCCUGAAAUGAUAAGCCAUUAUUUAGCUGAGUUCUCGAUCUCCUACAAGCCCGUUAAGCAUGGAAGGCCUGGAAUUGGUGCUACCCACUCCUCAAGGUUUAUUCCUCUCAAGUGAAGAUUUUGCAUAUGCGGUAUCUGUUGUUUCAUGUCAUGGACGUGCGUUUUGUUUCUGUCACUUCUUGAUUGAGUAGUUUUUAAUUUCACUGCAUUUCUUGAAAAAUAUCUUCUCAAGUUUGAACAAGAAAAUUUGUCUGGUUUUAUUUCAACUUAUAUUAUGCUAAAGAGACUGAGACUCUCGUUGCAUCA